AUGGCCGGCGGCGCGGCCCCCACCCCGGCCCUGGUGCUGGCGCUCGCCCUGCUCUGCCUGCUUCUGGCGGCCUCGCCGGGGCGCCCGUCCGGCGAUGUGUACCUCUACGCCGGGCGCCAUCCGGCCCUGCCCUCCGGCCAUCCGACGGCCAUUCACACGGUCAUUGGCCAGCCCUCGGUGGCCUGCGUCCUCUCGGAACCCCGGGCCAUGUACUUCCACGAGCAGGUGGAUUCGCUGGACGCCCAGCCGGAAACCCGGUGGGGCAGCUUCUUCUCUCGGGAGCCCAUGUACUUCACCUUCGGCUCCGGUCCCGACCCUCCGGCCGAACGGGUGGUGGACCUGCUGCCGAUCCCCGGACAGCAGCUGCCCGUGGUCGUACACCACACCCGCCAGUGGAUUGGCUUCUUCGCCUCUCCCGAUCGGUGGAAUUUACCCUCGUCCGACGUCGAAGUGCUGGCCUGUAAUGCCAGGCUCGACUCGCGGGUCUCCUGCGUGGGCCUGCACCCGGCGCCGGCCGGCAAUCCGCGCCAAGUGUACUAUGGCGUCCUGAGGGAGGGCGGCCUCGAGCAGAUCAGCAUGAAUCUGUCCCUGCCACCUGGCCCGGUCUUGGCCGCCCCAUCGAUUGAGGGCAACUUCCUGCUCGCCAGCGGCCAGAAGCUCAUCAGCCUGUUUACCAUGUUCGAUGGCACCGGCGUCCACCUUGAAACCCCGCUCGCCAGCCCAAUCCACCAGCUGGCCUGCACAUGGGCCGUCUCUUCGCCGGACACUUGCCCCGACAGCGGGGACGCCGUGGUGCUCUUGGCCAAUGGCGAGGUCCACAUCCUGCCCUGCCAUCGGACCUUCGCUGCCAACCCCCCGCCGGGGGUGGUUGGCCGCCUGCCAGCCGGCCUCUCGGCCUCCACCACCCGGCUCGUGCCCCCGCCCGGGGUCAAGACCCUGGACCAGCCGCUGCGCCAUUUGUACUUCCUGGACAUGGCGGCCCCGGCCAGCCCGCGCAUCUGGCGGGCGGAUGUCCUCCCCGACGAGCUCCUCUGGCGCCGGGUCAUUCCCCCGGCCCGGGUGACCAGCCUGGCGGAUGUGACAUUGGCGCGGCUUCGCAUGUCCGGCUCCCCGGCCCCCGGGGCCUGGGCCCUUGUGGCCCAGGGGAUGGCCCUCUUCGACUCGCAGGCCCUCCGGUGCGGGCAGGAUCCCAGCAUCGUGUGCGAUGGAGCCGACCUCGCCAGCGGCUCGCCGGACGGGUGGGCCUGCGCCGGGGCACGCGCCGAGGCGCCCUUCGUGUCCACGAGCCAGCUGUGUGCCGGCUGCGCCGAUGGGCACUUCCUGGAUCGCCCUUCCCCCGGGCCGCCCUUCGCCCACCCGAGCCACAGCUGCCAGCCCUGCCCAUAUGCCGGCUGCCGCGAGUGCGACCGCAUGGAAUGCCUUGCCUGUCAGCAGGGGCUCUUCCUGGAGCCCAGCGGCCCUGCCGGCAGCAUGGUCUGCGUGGGGGCCUGCUCGAGCGGGUUCGCCCUGCUGGCCGGCGUGUGCCAGCCGGCCAACUCGCUGGCCCCUCGGACCGGGCUCGGGCCGCCUGCCCCGGUCAGCCCGCCGGGCAUCGGGCCCGAAGUAACCAUCUCCGCCCUCGGGCCCACGCGCCUCCGGGUGGACUCCGCCACCGGCAUGCCGGUCAUCCCGGCGGUGGGCGCCGCCCCGGCGAAUGCCCUCCUCCUGACCUCGCAGCCGGGGACCCUCCUGCUGCCGGUGGCCGAGCUGGAGGGCCUGGACCAGGCCACCCCGGUGCCGGUGCAUCUGCUGCAGCCCGGCGCCGGCCUGCGGCCGUGGGUGUCCUUCGCCGAGGUCGGGCCCCUGCACCAUGCCGGGCACCUGCUGCUGGGGAUCAUCUUUCUGGAUGCCGAGGGGGACACCUUUGAGGCAUGGCUGUCCUGCGCGACACCCGACCCGGCCACCGCCUGCUCCCCCUCCGCCCCGGUGGCCGCGCACGCCACCGGCUUCCAGCCCAUGCUCGAGGUGCGCCGCCUGGACGAAGCGUCGCUCCUGCUGUCCUCCGCCAGCGAGGGCAUCCUCCUUCGGGCGGCCCCCGCCUCCGGGGGCUUUUCCCGCACGUACUUCUCGGCCUCCGCCACCCUCCCCCUGGCCGAGGGGUGGCUGCUGCAGAUGCGGGAUUUCCGCCGGGCCGCCGCCGGGCCGCAGACCCUCCUCCAAGACCUGGACUCUCGCUGGCCCGGGCUCGAUGGCCAGCUGCUGGAGGUGACCAGCCUCCCGGGGGCCCAUGUGCCGGUUCUCCUGCCCCGGGGCGGCGGCCCGGCCGGCCCGGGCCCCGAGCUCGUGCUGGUCUCGCUCCAGGCCCAUGCCUCGUGGGCGGUGCUCCGCGCGCCGGGGGGCCUUCCGCCCGACGGCCCAGCUGGCCGGUUGGCCCUCGUGCCGCAAGGGCUCGGGCCGCUGCCCCGGCCACUGGCCCCGGGCCCGGGCCCGGGCCAGCAUGUCCGCGUGCUGGGCGUCCAGCUCCAUGGCCAGGGCGCGGACUUCCCGAGCGCGCUGCUGCUCCUGACGCGGACCUUCUUCGCGGUGUCCCUGCUCCGGUGCCCGGCCGCCGGGGGCGCGUGUGCCCUGCUGCCGGCGGUCGUGACGGGGCUCCCCGCCUGGGCGCACCUGCCCGAGGAUGCGCCCUUCUGGUCGGAGCCGAUCAUCCACCCCCCGGGCCCGGCGACCACCGCCAGCCCGGCGACCAAGCUGCUGACGCUGCUGCUCUGCUCCACCACCACCGGGCCGCUGAGCGUGGCCCUGGAGUCGGCCUGCCCGCCGGACACCUUCGGCCUGGGCUGCACCCCGUGUGAUGCCGCCUGCCGGGGGUGCUCCGGGCCCGGGGUCGCCGGGUGCUCGGCCUGCCGGGCAUGGCUGCCCGGCAGCCCGGCCGCCUGUCUGGCCGCCUGCCCGACCGGCCUGCAUGCCGACCCGGCCGGCGAGUGUGCCUGCCACGACACCUGCCGCACAUGCGAGCCCACCCCCCCGGGCAGCGGGACAUACACAUGCAAGGCCUGCAUGGCUGGCCAUGUGCUCGCGCCCGGGGGCGCCUCUCCCGACCGGUGCCUCGCGUGCGAUGGCACAUGCGCCGAGUGUGCCCUCCCCGGCGACUCGGAGGCCUGCACCGCGUGCUCCGGCCAGCGCUGGCUCCUUGGAGGGGCCUGCAUCGAGCAGUGCCCGGCCAGCAUGUGGCCCGACGCCGGGGCCCGGGCCUGCCGGGCCUGCCCGGCCGGCUGCACCGGCUGCACCUCGGACACCCAGUGCACCGGGUGCGCCGAGCGGCACUUCCACGGCCAGGACGGCCUGUGCCAUGCGUGCGAUGGCUCCUGCGCCCGGUGCGACGCCCGGGCCAGCUGCACGGCCUGUCGCGCGGGGCUGAUCUUCCUGUCGGUCGACCCGCAGGUGCCGUCCCUCUGCGGCAGCACCUGCGCCCCGGGGGAGCUUGUCGCCGACGCCCGCUGCCAGGCCUGCGAUGCCUCCUGCGCCCUGUGCUCGGGCGCGCCGGACGCCUGCCAG